AUGCCACAACGUACGACUGCUGCUCUGAUAGUGAUAGGCGAUGAAAUAUUAAAAGGAUCUACAAUAGACACGAACUCAGGGUUUCUUGCAAGUAGACUGCAUAAAAUUGGCGUACAAUUGAAAAGAGUCUCCGUGAUCGGCGAUGAUGUCGAAGAUAUUAGCGAAGAAAUUUCGAGAUUCAGUAAGAAGUUUGAGAUUGUUUUCACGACUGGUGGUGUUGGGCCGACCCAUGACGACAAAACCUAUCUAGGCUUGGCGAAAGCUUUCAACGCUGAUUUGGAGGCUUCUCCCGAUAUAUUAAAUGCAGUAAGCAAGUAUAUGCAUAACACAUCAGCUAAAAAUGAGAGUUUCGCUUUGAAGCUCAGUAAUAUACCGGUCAACUCCAAACUUCUUUGGGGCUCUCAUCCAUUAACAGGCGCGAGCUCGCCGUUUCCGAUUGUUCGGUUCCACAACGUCAUUGCAUUUCCGGGUGUUCCUGCUUUCUUCGAAAGAGCUUUUGAUUCUUUAAAGAAUGAACUGUUCCCUCCUGAAAAGUAUCCAACCCGCUUCAGUGAGACUGUUUAUACCUCGUUAGAUGAGUUUCAAUUUUCCUCAUCCUUGGAUCGGAUAGCUGAAAAGUAUGAUGGUGUUGUUGAAAUCGGCUCUUACCCUGUGAUAAAAAAUAAGUAUUAUAAAACUAAGCUCAUAAUCGAAAGCGAUGAAUUGGCAUUGGGGCAAGAUGUGAUAAAGGAGAUUCAAGACUUCUUGCAUGACGCGCAAGUAUAUUAUGAUGAAGCUCCCUGGGACAGCACAGUGAUCAAAAUGGAAACUUUCAUCCGAAGGCAGGAAGACGAUUUUAGUAAUAAGAUCAGACAAGCAACCGACAUCAUCGACAAAAUUCUGGACGAAUAUUCACUUGAAGAAAUCGCACUCUCGUUCAAUGGAGGUAAAGAUUGUACUGUCCUACUUCAUUUCCUGCGAUUAGCUGUCGACAAAAAAUAUGGAGCUGGAAAACAACUACAAGGGUUCCAUAUUAUGUGUGAUGAUCAGUUUCCAGAAGCUACUCAAUUCAUAAUAGAUGCGGCUAGGAACUAUAACAUCAUUGUGCAUGAACUGCCUGGUCCUUUAAAAGUAGGUCUUGAAAGAUUGAAAGUUUUGAAACCAAAGAUAACUGCUGUUCUCAUGGGAAGUCGAUUAACAGAUCCAAAGGGAAAAUACAUGAAAUCGCCAACACAGUGGACAGAUAAUGAUUGGCCUACAGUUCUAAGAGUAUGCCCUGUCUUAUAUUGGAGUUAUCAGGAUGUUUGGAAGGCUUUGCGUGGUUUAUGCAUACCUUACUGCAUUCUCUAUGAUAUGGGAUACACCUCACUGGGAGGUCGUGAAAACACGUUUAAGAACCCAAAACUAAAAGUUUCAACGCCAGAUGGCAAAGAAAAAUAUUUGCCAGCUUUCAUGCUACAAGAAUCUGAUUUCGAAAGAAAUGGUAGAGAAUAG